UAUUACUAGUUUGUGUUGACAUUAUUGACGUCAUUGAUAGGAUUUCCAAUUCGUCAUGUUUAUUAGCUCGGUGUUAAUGUAUUAGUGCGUAGUAGUAAUACGCACUAAUAUUUCUCAAAGGUUGUUCUUCAAAAAACUAUAUCAAAUAUUGUAUACACAAAGUAUUAAUAAAUAAAUAGGUCAAGUUAAAUAACUGCAGAACAAAAGAAAUAAAAAUGACGGCUGCUAAGUUCAGUUCGACCAAAUCCGAAGCCGAAUCUCCAUUGCUGAGGAAUUAUAAAUAUCCGGCGCGAAUAUUCGAUUCCGUGAAUUCCAUAAAAAUAUUUCGACACAGGCCCUCACUGAAUAGAUGGAUAAUAAAUUUUAUACAUUUCACGAUAAUUCUGGUCCUAUUAUUUCUUCUCACCCCACCCCUGUUAGUUUUGGUCUCGAUAUUCUCAACUAUAUUCAUGUUCACCCUUGUCGCGACCAAAGGAACACUUUUGUCGAUGACUAACCAGAUAGGUGGCUACUAUAUGCACGGUUGUGUCCUUGAAGAAGACUAUCGCGGAAGACGAAUUGGCAGGGUGGAUAUCUUCCUGACAAAAGAGAGAGGAAUAGUGUGGAUAUGGUGUUUAAUUAUAGCAUAUACCCUUCCCGAAUUAAUAAAUUCAUUCGUGUGCUCCAGAAGAGCUAGAAAUAAGCCUUCAGCUGGACAAUUUUUAUCAGUAAUUAUUCCAGAAACUUUCCACACUAUUGGAAUUGCGUUGAUGAUCUUCGCAGUCUUGCCAGAAAUAUCUCUGCCACAAGAAACUUUACCACAACAAAAUUUCAGUCGUUUCAUUUUGUUCAUAAUUUGGUGCGUGGUCGAGUGGGGACUGCACAAUCUGAUAUCGACAAUUUUUGAAAUUAAAGAUAUUAAACUCAAAAGUUUGCUGAUUGUGACCGACAUUGUGAUUUUGGGGAUUUUCUUUCGUUUCACGAUGUUCAAUCCGUUUGAUGGAAUCAAUCGUAAUAAUAGCGAUUGCUGGAUUACUAUCCUGGCAUUGGUUUUCAUUCAUGGCGGACUUUGGCAAGAUGUUUCAAAUUCUAGAUUCAGUUUUACUGGUAAUCUCUCCCCUAUUAUAAAAGCUCGUGAAAAAUUGAAUCCCGUAAAAGAUUCAAUUUUCGCAUGGGUAUCGCUUUGGAAAAUAAUUGUUUUCAUUGCAAGUUCAUUGACAAUAUUGGCAAACCAGCGUUAUAACGUAACAGAACUUUUCACAAUGGCUGGGCCUGCAUUCAGGAAUUAUAAUACAACUUUGCAGCCUUCUGACCGUAAUACGGAACCAAUUACAAUUAACGGAGGUUUACGUUUACCAAUUUUGAUCGUGUCAUUCCAAGUAAUGUUAUCUAUUGUCGUUAAUAUGAAACCUAACAGUAUAAUUUUGCGUUUCUUCCACGGAUUCGAUUUUCGAACUCGCUGGGGAUUAAAUCUUCCUGUUUUCUUCACUAUCGCAUUCUUACUCUGGUCUGAAUUCACCCGCAGUCUCGAAUGCAAUUUACUUUACAAUGAGGACAAGUUACAGCACUUUAUGUAUUUCUUACAAGACUUCAGAACAUCCGAAAAAUUCAUAAAAAUUUUUUCCCUCGAUCAUUGGGAAAACGGGGACGCUCUUAUACUGAAAAUUUCUUUCUGCUGGAUUUUAUUGCACUUCCUUUUCCGAUCACGAAUAAACGCUAUUAUGGAAACCGCAAAAGAACUUGAAAAACUUGAAACUAAAACUUCGCAAGAAGUUACAGUGAUUUCAAAAGACGAAACUGUUAAGGAAGAGAAAAAAUUUGAAUGUUGAUUAAGAAGAGUUUUCUUUAAUAAAUACAAAAACUCACUCAGAAAUUCAAUUACCUCAUUAAAUCUAAGUAAAAGCCGUCAAUUUUCUAAUAUAUUUUUUAUAAAAUACUUGACAAUGUCGAUUAUACAGUUGUAUUUAAUUAUUUUAUGAA